AUGGGGACGAUGCGCGAGAACUCUCAAAUUUAUAGCGAGCAUUCGCCGGCUCCUCGACUCCAAAUCCCAGCCACGAUGCAUAGCUUCGUGCCAGUGCUGCCCAUCUUGCUCGAGCUCCUCGUCUUCGCGUCCCACGCUCGCAUCGCCUCCGGCGCCCCCAUGUUGCCCACGAAGCCGGCGUCCGCCAUGUUCGUGUUUGGAGACUCCAUCCUCGACGCUGGUAGCGCAAAGUUUCUCCCCCCCAAUUCCUCGGUCGCGGCGCUCUCCCCGCCGUAUGGAGAGACUUACUUCAAGGUCUCCACGGGGCGAUUCUCGGAUGGAAGGACGCUCGCGGAUUUCCUCGCGCAGUGGAUCAACCUCCCUUUCACCCGGUCUUACAUGGAUCCCGACGCUGUUCUUGAGAUUGGAGCAAACUUUGCGUCCGCGGGGAGCCGUUUGAUCGGCGAGUACGCGGGAGCCGUGAGCUUUAAGACGCAGAUCGAUCAGUUCACGGAGCGCGUGGGUCUUCUCCGGGAGCGAUAUGGAGACGAUCGAGCCAAGACAAUCCUGCGCGAUUCGGUGUUUAUAGUGGCGAUUGGGAGCAACGACCUGGAGGCCCUCUACUUCCCCACGAACUCGAGCUUUCGCCGGAUCGGAUCCUCGUGGCGCUACUACGUGGGCAUGAUGAUGGAAGAGUACGAGGCCGCUGUCAAAACUUUGUACAACCAGGGAGCGAGGAAGAUCGUGCUGGUUGGAGUGGGACCGAUCGGCUGUGCACCGGCGGCUCGCUACUACGUUGCCAAGGUGGGAUUGAUCACCCGUCGCCAGAAGAUUGGCUGCUUGCAAACGCUCAACGAGAUGGCGGCGUUCUUCAACAAAAGCUUGCGCAACCUUGUGAACAAGAUGCUCUUCCAGCUCCCGGAGCUGGCCAUGGUUUUCCUCAAACCUUACGGCCUCCUCAUGGAUGCGGAUUCACGAACUCGAGGGAGGCUUGCUGCGGCGAUGGACUGUUCCAUGCUGGCGGUUGCAACAAUUCAUCGUUCGUUUGCCCGGUUCCAUCGACGCAUCUCUUCUGGGACUCGGUGCAUCUCACCGAGGCAGCUAAUCUCUUCCUAUUUCGCUACUUCUGGUUUGGUGAUCUCCGCGCCGCGGAGCCCUACAACCUCAAGAGGCUCCUCGCUUGAGAAGUAA